UCUGUGCCCUGGUGCUGCGCAGGGUUGUGUUGCUCCCACACGCAAGGCAAGACCUGAGGACAACCUGCUGUAUUGCGCUACGACGAAGGAGCCGUUCCGCUACAAGAAAUAGCAGCAGGACUCCAUAGCGCUCACUACAUACAACCAUGGCGAGCAACGUCAAGCCGUGCGUGGACCACCCCUCUUUCGUGUCCCACUGGGCGCCAAACCCGUCCACCGAGCGGGGGGACAACCUCGUCUUGGGCACGCACCCGAAGGAGCCCAAGAUCAUCUACCCGAGCGGAAAGUUCAUCGUGGUGAGGGACGUCAAGGAUCCCACCGACGUGUUCGUCUACCGAGGCCAUAACUCCAAGACCACCGUGGCCAAGUUCUCCCCGAACGGGUUCUGGGUGGCCUCUGCGGACAUCACCGGGAAGGUGCGGAUUUGGGCGUGGGACAACCCGGAACACCAGCUCAAGAUCGAAGUCUUCGGCCUGGGGGGCGCUAUCAAAGAUCUCGCAUGGGGGCCAGAGAGCAAGCGGAUCGUGUGCUGCGGGGCGGGCUCCGGGGUGAACGCUCGCGCGUUCAUGUGGGACACCGGGAGCAACCUCGGGGAGGUGGUGGGCCACAGCAAGCGGGUCAUCAGCUGCGACUACAGACAGGUCCGGCCGUACCGCGUGAUGACGGGGAGCGAGGAUCACCGGACGAUCUUUUACCAGGGGCCGCCGUUCAAGAUGGACCACUCCAAUAACAACCAGCACACCAACUUCGUUAACUGCGUGCGGUUCAGCCCCGACGGCAGCAAGAUUGCCACCUGCUCCUCGGACAAGAAGGUGUGGAUGUACGACGGGAAGACGGGAGAGCCGCUGUCCACCCUGGGCGAGGCAGCGGGCGCUCACGCGGGCUCGAUCUACUCGCUAGCCUGGAGCCCGGACUCUUCGUCCGUAGCGACCGCCUCCGCCGACAAGACCGUCCGCCUCUUCGACGCGGCCUCGGGCGCUUGCACGCACACGUGGAGCAUCUCCGACUCCCCGGGGGUCGGAGACAUGCAGGUGGCGGUGGCCUUCUGCGGCGAGCACCUGGUCUCGGUCUCCCUCAACGGCAACGUGAACAUGCUCGACGCCGGCUCCGAGCGACCCCGCGACGUGUACCAGGCCCACCAGGGGGCCAUCACGGCGAUGACCCGGAGCCCAGUGUCCGCGGGGGGCGGGGCCGCCGCAGGCAAGAUCUUGACGGGCUCCUUCACGGGCGUUCUGUGCGCGUGGGACCCUGCCACCGGCGGCGCGAAGCGCUGCACGGGAGGCAAGACCGCCCCGGUCACCGGCGCCGUGCACAGCAACAAGGUCACCGGCAUCGCCGCCUGCUCGGCGGGCGUCGUGUCCGUCGGCUGGGACGACACCUUGCGGCUCGCUCCUCUCGACGGCGAGAGCGGCGGCGGCGGCGGCGGCGGCCCCGUGUUUACCGCGUCGGUCGGGACGACCGGCCAGCCGUGCGGCGUCGCCGCGAACGCGGACUCCGACCUCGUGGCCGUGGCCACCAACCAGGGAGUCACGCUCUUCCGCGGCACCACCCCCGCCGUCGGCUUGUCGGCGACGUAUACGCCGUCCUCGAUCGCCAUGGCCCCCGGCGCCGGCGAGAUCGCGGUCGGGUCCAAGGAGGGGAAGAUCUACGUCUACGAGACGGCCGGCGACGAGCUGAGGGAGACCAAGGUCGUGGACGGCCACCGCGGGGAGGUGACCUGCGUCGCGUACUCCCCGGACGGGACCCUCCUGGCCGCCGGGGACGCUGCGCGCGAGGUGACGGUGUGGCGAGCGGGGGGAGACUGGGACGCCGAGGUGCGGGGGCUGUGGCAGUUCCACACGGCGCGCGUGGCGUGCCUGGCGUGGUCGCCGGAGGGAACGCACCUGGCUUCCGGCGGGCUCGACGAGAACGUGUUCGUGUGGAACCCCGCAAAGCCGAGGCGCCGUGUCCACUACACGUUCGCCAACAAGGACGGCGUGGAAGGGCUGGCCUGGCUGUCGGACGGGGUCUUGGCCUCGGCGGGCGGGGACCACUGCGUGGCGACGUGGGACGUCACCAAGGACAUUUCCGUGUUCGACACCUAAAAUCGUUGUAGCGCCCUUUCGUGUUGGUCCCGGCUGGCUCCCCUAUUCCCGUCGCUUCGGGGAGCUUGUGUUUGUUUUCUUCGGAGGUUCGUGUGCGGCUCAUUUCAUACACACCGUGGGGACGAGGCGUGUGCUUGAUUGCUUGCGCGCCCCCGUAACGUUGAGAGGCCGCGCCAAAGGCGUGGGCAGCAACGAUAUUCCUGCGAGUAUGCAAUCGUGCAAGAUUUUUCUGCGAGUAUGUAAAAUGUGUAAGAGUACCAUUUGGACGGUCGGCGGAGGAGCACAGACGUGUGGGGCGUACAGAGUUUCUCGGGGUUUUGCAGCGAGCAAAGGCGUCGUUGGUUUUCAGGUGUACCGACACAAGAAGCUGUAGUCGCAGGUGCUCGUGUAAGGCUUAGGGAGGGGGUAACAGGACCGGCGGGAGUAGCAGGGCGACAACCUGAAGAAGCCGGAAGAAUAUUGGGCAUCUUUGUUCGAUUCAUCAGGUACAGAACGCCAUCGAUAGCAUGUCUACGAGUCACAUUUGUUCUUUUCGGCAUAUCUGAGGAACAUGUGCCGCCGGGAAGGAGCCCAUUGUUCUCGGAUUGGCGACAAAAAAUGCUGAUACAAGGAAGUUUUAGUAUCGACGAGUCAACCCGAAAAUGGCCGAUAAGCUCUCGGGGAUGCGAGACAUGUAGACGGGCGCGAUGCGUGAUUUGUCCCGAGCAAUGUUAAAGCUCACUGAAUCCAAACCGGUUGCACCACGGUCUUUUGUCUUUCGCAACCGAAGUCAAACCGUUAGAUGUCGGCGCUAAAUGGUCUAAUACAUGGUUUACUCCGAGUGUGGUGGACCGUCAUACGCCCGUUUCGGUCCUGAUGUGGUGCGAAAGCAAUCGGUCAUAGGUGAAAGUAGUAGACCCUGUGUAAGGCCGCAUAAACAAGACCAGUCGCCCUGUAUGAGGUCGGUGUAAUCACGCGACUCA